AUGCUAUCAGGCGUCAACGAACCAAAGCUGGCUGUUGUUCCUCACGACGAUGCCGUGCUCAGUGUGUCCCCAGGUAACUUUUAUGAGAAGACUUCCUCGGCUGUGGUGGCCAUAUUCAAUCAAAGAAUUAAAGACUUGCUGCCUGCUCAGGCAUCUCAGUUUGAGAAUGCCAUUGUAAAGUACCUUGCCGCCCGGGAUGCCUCAGCCUUACCGGGCACAGAUGUGGGUCUCUCGGCCGACUCGGCUACGUACCGCCGACAAUGCAACAACGACACCCAAAAGCGUGACAAAGAGGGGAACUAA